AAGACAGGACCCAUGUGGUGAUUGAUAUGUCUUUCUCUUAGCAGAUGCCUGGCCCAAAUGGCUCUUCACCACAACUCAUGAGAUAUUAUGACUUGCCAAAGGCUUAUAUAAACAUGUUUUGAGAAGUUGCCACCACCACAACUCAACACAAAACAAGAAAACUACUCAAAGCUUUUCUGUGCUUUCAGGCUAUUCAUUUGCUCAUCUUAAUUGAAAGAUCAUGGCUAUUCGUGUUCCUCGUAUAAUCAAGAAGUCUUCAACAUCCUUGGAUGUUCCCAAGGGCCAUUUUGCUGUUUAUGUUGGGGAGAAGCAGAAAAACAGGUUUGUGAUACCGAUAUCAUACUUGAGCCAGCCUUCAUUUCAAGACUUGCUAAGUCGAGCAGAGGAAGAAUUUGGUUUCGAUCAUCCAAUGGGUGGUGUUACAAUUCCCUGCUCAGAGGACAUCUUCAUUGGCAUCACUUCUAAAUUUAGGAUUUAGGAAUAUAGUUGAGAUCAUUUUUUCUAUUAUUAGAUCUCAAUUUUGUAUACAGAAGCAGGAGAUCCGUCUUGUACAGUUGAUUAGUUAGAACUUAGAAGCUACGUGAAGCUUAGCGCCAGAAAAGAUUGGUGCUUUUUGACUCGAAAAGACUAAUUCAAUGAAUACUGAUAUAACAUUUCUUGAA